UUCGUUCUUUCGCUUUUUCAUGGCAUAAAAGUGUCAUUAUGAAUUGUGUGAUUACUGUUUUGUAGUUGCUGCUUAAGCGAACGUCGUCGUUAUGGUUGCUUAAGCGAACUCGCUACACUUACAGUUACAGCUACAGAUAUUAUAGCAAUUUAAACAGUCAAACCGUUAACCUUCAUUCUACACUAAUAACGAUUAUGCACAGCUCCGGAAGUUAACGCGCUCGCCAAGUUCGAAGCGAGGUACAUUGUACAGAUUGGCUCAUAUAAAAGAACGGCGGAUCCGGCGAAAUAAUCAGCACUCAGGUCCAAUCACCCUAAUUACCUGCAGCUUUUUUCUGGGCAUUAACGGUCACGUUUUAACUAUCGCCAUGAAAUCCGUCCUGAUUUUUCUUGCCGUGGUCGCUGUGGCAUCUGCAGCCAGUCUUAAGGCCAAGCGUGCAGUGAAGACCCAGAAUCCGCUGGCAUUCGCUGCACUGGACCAACUGCGUGGAAAAUCCAGACUGAGCGUGCCCGACCAGUACAACCUGAUCGCCACCGCCCAGGCCGGUCAAGAUUACCCCAACAAUGCUGUGAUCGAGCAGGGAUUUUUUGACUGCAGCAGCACCCAUCAGCCAGGUUUCUAUGCUGAUCCUUCUGCGUCUUCCCGCUGCCAGAUUUUCCACCGCUGCGACGUCAACGGCAACCAGACCUCGUACCUGUGCCCCAACAUGACUGUGUUCAACCAGAUCACCCUGGUCUGCAACUGGUGGUUCGACGUGGACUGCAGCAAGGCCGCUUCUUUCUACGACUACUCCAACAGCCGUCUCUACCAGGGCGCCAAUGUGCCGCUGUUGGAUGACGUUGUCCGCAAGGUGACUGGCGCUGUUGCAUCUGGUCGUGUGGAAGUUGCCGCCGCUCCGGCUCCGGAGGAAGCCGCGCCGGUCGAGGCCCCGGCUGCUGAAGCCGCACCGGAAGCUGCUCCCGCUGAAGCUGCUGCUCAGUAAAUGAUGCUGUCGUGACCUUUUGACCGCUUGUCACCGUUGACCUAUGAUCUGGUUAUACUGAACUGCACAGAUUUUGUAAACAUGGACUGUAACUUUUGAACAAUCAAUGUGAUCGCUGUACGAGUGAUGCUCUGGGCUUGAUGAAAAAGCAAGAAAUAAAUCAACCGAUCUAUUA